GUACACAGUUUAUCUGAAUUCGGCCAGGUCACUUGUUCUUACCUUCCUACAAUUAUAUGGAAAGAAGGAACAACCUGCUCAUAGCAUUGUCGUGACACCAAUUCUUCUUUACGCUAGAGGAAAGGAAAUCACUACCGUGUUGCUAUACGGGACUAACACAGUCAGGCACAUCAGGCAUAUCAGGCACCCUCCCACCAAGCCGGCAUAUAGGUUAGGCUGCUACUUUAGCAACUUAUAAGACGUGAGGAAGGUUGUUACUCGCCUUGUAAAUGGGGUAUUUCGAUUCCUAGACACUGAAAUCCCUUAUUGGGUAUACGUUAUUUUCGUGGGAAUGGCGGAUGACGACGAAUUGCGGAUUCCAACUACACGAACAACGCAUUUCAUAUAUGCCGUUUUGGGGCGAAGCUCAAUUAACAUACGCACAGACUCAACCAAGAGCAGGCCUCGUGUUAAUUCAAAUUGCUGGGCGAUUAUCUGAACGGGCUGGGAAUUGUUGUCGAGGUUUUUGUGGUUCGCUUUAUAAUUACCAGCAGGGCUGGCAACAAGUCCCUUUAUAACUUCUCGGCAUAGUGUUGUCUACGGCUUAACCUCGUGGACUGGAGCCAGAACAUCGAAACGGGCUAUAUUUUGAGCUGACAUUCUUGGCUGCUUGCAGUAUGGAUGUUACCGCAUUGCUGAACUCGUCCUCAUCCUCAUCCUCAUCCUCAUCGGUAAAAGGAGAAACAGCAACAAAUAAGGAUGUACGGGAAAUCGUGGACCAUGGCACCAGCUCGGUGCCGUCAACGACGGAGGCGGCAGAGACGACGGCAGGCCAUCCAUCCUCUCCGCGUACUUCAUCCCAAGAGAAAGCCCCUGUACACGGAUCGAGAUUACCAUGUCGAAGUAGAACGCCGUGGAACGCCGAUGGAUACGCACUCCCACUAACACUAGACACCAAAUCGACUCGGGCGACAGUACAUUCAACAUCAAAUACUACAUCGCCUGCAGGAUCGGGCAGUCCCAGGUCGCCACGACACAAGUUCUCCGAGAGUUAUAGUAGCCUCUCCUCUUCGUCAACUCUAUCAUCCCACUCGAGGAUUUCAUCCAUGUCUACGGUUGGUGGAGUCCAACACACUCAAUCCGACCGUGCCGAGCUUACGAUUCCCAAGAUAUGGUCUCCAGGUACGAACCAGAAACCAGCAAAUGAAGCAAUCAUUUCCCCGCCUUCAAUUCGUACAGAAGCACCAGCCAUAGGUCCGAUACGAUCUAGCUCACCAUCCGAUACCAUGUUAAUGUCGAGAGGCAGGAUGGGUGCAAAAGGGACUGAUAGACAAGACGCAACCAUCACCAAAGAUACCAAGCCUGAUCUCAAUCGUCUCGCCCCUUUUGAUUUUACCAAAGCACAUAAGAGGGCUAUCUCCGCCCCUGAUUUCAAUGUCACGGAAGGGAUUGAUCGGACCUUUCCUCCACUCUCUGUUGCGCUCCAGCGUCCUAUAUCGCCUCCGCACCGUGUUGACCUUCGCCCCUACAAUCGACCGGACUACACCACGGAGGCGAUGUCCCCUCCACCAGCCUUCGCUAAUCAUCUUUCCCAGGAUGGAAGUGCAGCCUGCAUGUAUCAGCAGGAUUGCGACACGGGAUCUUCACUCCGCAAGGCCAUUUCGCACAUAUUCGGCAGGAAUAAGACGUGCACCAGAAACAUACCUCCGAAAGUUUGGGUUCACUACUGUCGCAAGCAUUAUCAACGAAGUCGUUAUCGUAACGGACCAGACUGGGCCGAUACCCAAUGUGAGUUGGUACAGAGGCAGAUCCGCCGUGUUCAGGAAUGGAGUGACGAAAAUAGGCGAACUGGGCAGCCGGGAGUAAUCAGGGAUUGGUCAUUGUCUAUGAGGAAAAGAGAGAAGACUCGUAUCCAGGAAAAGUCCGCCAAGAAGCGUUCUCAUCGUGAAGACAGUGAAGACGAAGGAGACGAUAUACCGGACAGUGCUGUCUUGAAUGGCACUGCCGUGCCUGAAUGGCUACGUGCCAGGUGUGGAAGUGGGUAUACCACGGCUGAGAUCGAGGAAAUUGUAGCUCGCAUGCGAAACGAGAUAAGAGAGACGCAGAGUAGUCAGAUUCCCGACAUAGAGAUUCUCCCAAAUAUUUCCAUGGAGACCUCGGAUGACACGAACCCCAAGGCGAUAAUGAGGCAGAGAAGUAGCCCUGGCAGUCAAAUCCACAAACGCUCUCAGUCAGUUGGCGUCGCUCUUCGACCCGAGCCACGCUCUAUGAUGCGUCGCGUAAGCCAGCCCGCGUAUGUCCGACACGAAGAAGAUGCACACCUACCUCCUGAUGAGAAGCGUCGGCGUAUUUCCGGUACACCUCCAUACGGUGCUCCUCAUUCUGCCCUUGCCUCGUCACGACCCAUCCAUUCUCUUCCCCAUCGCCAAGGCUUUAGCAAUAUCCAAGAAAGCCGUGCCGAGGAGCCAUAUUACCAUCAUGAAACCACUAGAGCCCCGGAAUACAGCCACAAUCGUUGGCCUAAUCUAGGUCCUCAGCGGAAUCAAAUUCAGCCAAUGGGCGCAGCAUCAGGAAUUAGCGGUCACCAGCGGUCUUUUUCCGAAGCCGGCAGCGUCCAUCCUAGCUUUCCUUAUCAGCCUCCUUUUCAGCCUCCUUACCACUACGGUCCAAUGCCGGCAGCCUAUUUCACAGAUCCGACAUCUUACGGUAGAGGUGCAGUACCUCCGGCACAAUUUCAACCAACCCCUGCCAUUCAUAACUAUUAUGACGGUCGGCCAGUACCGAACCAACGAGGCGCUGGUCUCUAUCAACCCCCUUUACCAACUUCGGGGCCAGGUCACCCUCCCCUCGACCCCAGUUAUAGACACAUGCGUCACCAGAGCACACCAUCAGUUAGCCAUACCAAUACUCCCCAGGGGCCUGUCAGUGGAUACGAGUAUCCCACCGGUAUUCGUCCGCACGUCCCACACGAGCAACUAUCUCCAUAUCAUCACCGCCAACAUCCCUACGCGCAACCUCAUCAGAAUCCUCCUCGCCCUGUAGUACAAGAAUCCGACCGGAACAGAGAAGAUUUCAGCGAGCGUCGCUAGCCAAGGCUGUAUACUUUCAUCACGUACUAAUAAUACCCGAAGACCCAGUCCCGGGUCAGCAUCUUUCACUGCAUUUUCCGCGCCUUGCGUUUUAUUUACUCGACUAAAAUGAACAAAAAAAAACACCUACGUUAUAGAAGGAACGGCCUAAAACAUUAGACUGGAUACCCCCUCUUUCGAUCAUUUCACAGAUUACGACUGGAGGCAUGGAACCAAACAACAC